GACAGCGAGAACUCCUCAACCUAUCACCUCAGCACUUAUGACCCACGACAAAGCCACCAGGCUCAAGAAACAGGGCAGCAAGGAGUUGCUCCUGCAAAAUAAUGUCAACCAUAUCGGCUGCCAGUGUAGAGGCCACACCUGCAAUCGAGGGGGCGCAAGAGAAGAAGCCUUUGAAGCCAUGCUGUGCAUGUCCUGAAACAAAAAAAGCAAGGGAUGCUUGCAUCAUUGAAAAGGGUGAGGAACGCUGCACAAAUCUUAUUGAAGCUCACAAGGAGUGUAUGAGGGCACUUGGUUUCAAGAUAUAAAGGUGUGACAUUGAAUUGACGGGGCUGGCUGUGGACAAGGAUCUGGCGUACUUUUAUUUAUUCUAAGGAGGGAAGAUUGUUUCUGGAAAAUGUGAUUUCUUAUUCUGCCUUUUGUUUGAAUAUUGCUGUAGAUGACACUGAAUAAAGAUCCUAUGCAAUUCUCUAGAA